AUUUUGAUCUUACUAAGACAAAUGUCAUGCAUGUGUCAGAAAGGAAGUUCUUACUGUAACUAAAGCUCCUCACAUCUUCUGUAUAUCAGCUAAUGCACUGUUUGAGGACACACUAACGUGCUCCAUUCUAAUGUAAAGAUGGUGGUUAUCCCGAGUUGUCUAUUUGCAUUUGUUCUCUACCUUAGAGCAUCAUCUGCUAGUGAUGACUCUUGGAAUGCUGAAAUACCAAAAUCAGUUGUGGGUCUGUCUGGAUCAUGUGUGGUGAUCCCUUGUAAGUUCAACUACCCAUCAGAUAGAAAGUCAUACUACGAAUUUACAGGCAUCUGGUACACAGAUAAAUAUGACGUAAUCUACCACAAAGAGACUUCCAAAAUCAUCAGCAAAUUCAAGGGUCGCACAACUCUUCUUGGUGAUCUGCAUCACAAAAACUGCACUUUGAAAAUCAGCUCUUUAAAUCACAGCGAUGGUGGAUCGUACAUGUUCCGCAUCGAGAUCAAGCAUUUCGACAAGUACUCAUACAAGGAAAAUAAAGUUUCUAUUACAGUAAAAGAUUUACCUGAACAACCCACCAUAUCAGUGAAGGAGGAAUUGAUGUCACAAAGAGAAGUGACCGCUACUUGUAUCGUAUCACAUUACUGCCUGUCUGAUCCGCCCCGUCUCACCUGGAGCCAUGAAGGGAUGCUCAUGAGUAACUCUCAGCCACAAGACCACGGUCAAUGGAGAUUAACAUCAUCUCUGACAUUCACACCCUCCAGAGAAGAUCAUAAUAAACCUCUCAACUGCUCUGCAGAGUUCAGUAAUGGGAACAAAAUGACCAGCACCAAAACACUUCAAGUUAAAUAUCCUCCUGAGAUUAAAAAUGGGUCUUCCUGCAAAUCAGAGCUUCUUACAAUCUGCGUGUGUAUCGUAGACUCCAACCCACCCAGUGAAGUCAAGUGGUUUGGUCCCUCGACAGCUUUCACCAGCUCUAGCAUUGAACAAAAUGGUUUUCUUAACAUCUUUACCCUUCAGGGGUGGCUGGGUUUUCAUGACGCUGUCAAUUGCUCUGCCAGUAACAGCGAGGGAAACUCUGUCAUAACUAUCCAAGUGCCCCAUCAUGGUGAGACUUUAUAUUCAAAUAUUUUGAUGUUUUUUCAAACAAUGUACUGA